AUGCCCCUCCAGUUCCAACACUUCAACAGCUUAGAGUAUUUGGAUCUCACUUACAAUUAUUUGGAGGGUUAUGUGCCCUUCAAACUGCAUCUUCCAUCUCUAUUUCAAGCAUUCGAACACAAUGAAGGUUUGUGUGGUGACACCAAAUAUGGCAUUCCACCUUGCAGAAAAAGGAACAGAAUCACAAUCAUCAUCAUUAUGGUCAUUUCUUUAUGCUCCACCUUGGUGCUUUCGUCUAUAAUUUUUGGAGUUCUAUUAAUUUGGAGGCGGAAGACGAGAAAACUUCAACCUAAGGAGGCAACUACCACACAAAAUGGAGACAUAUUUUCAAUAUGGGAUUAUGAUGGCAAGAUUGCUUAUGAAGACAUCAUUGAGGCGACGGAGGAUUUCGACAUCAAAUAUUGCAUUGGGACCGGAGGUUAUGGCAGUGUCUAUAGAGCGAAAUUGACCAAUGGGAAAGAGGUUGCCUUGAAAAAACUUCACACCUUUGAAAUUGAGAACCCAACUUACAUGAAAAGUAUUACAAAUGAGGUGCAGGUGUUGUCAAAAGUCCGACAUCGAAACAUCAUAAAACUAUAUGGCUAUUGUCUACACAAAAGAUGCAUGUUUCUAGUUUACGAGUACAUGGAAAGAGGAAACCUCUUUUGUGCCUUGAGUGAUGAAAUUGAGGCUUUGGAGUUUGAUUGGAUUAAGAGGGUGAAUGUUGUUAAAAGCAUUGCCAAUGCCUUGUCCUACAUGCAUAAUGAUUGCAUCCCUCCAGUGAUUCAUCGAGACAUAUCAAGCGGUAAUAUUCUAUUAGAUUCAAAAUUCAAGGCUGUUAUAUCUGAUUUUGGAAUGGCUAGAUUGCUUGAUCCUGAUUCAUCAAAUCAAACCCUUAUUGCUGGCACUUAUGGUUAUAUUGCACCAGAACUUGCAUACACCAUGGUUGUGACGGAAAAAUGUGAUGUAUAUAGCUUUGAAAUAAUGAUGGGAAAGCAUCCAAGAGAACUAGUCACAAUCUUAUCAUCCUUUUCAACUCGAAAUAUAAUGUUGGUAGAUAUAUUAGAUCCUCGUCUAUCACCCCAUAUUGAUCCAGAAGUUGUUGAUGAUGUGGUUCUCAUCAUAAGGUUGGCAUUCAAAUGCAUCAAUUUGAAUCUGACAUCCCGUCCAACAAUGCAACACAUGUGCAAGGAACUUGAGACUCGCACCCCAUUUCCUCUACCCUUCCAUGAUAUUUCACUCUGGCAAUUGAAGGAUCAUGAAGUAUAA